AAAUUCUCACAGUAAUAUUCCGCUGCCUCUGAUUACGUAUACUAUCUCUUAACAUCAAGCUGAGGAGGAAGACACACAAAUUUGGAUAGGUUUCUUUAAGGAUUUUUGCACAGCUUUGGUAGCGGUUUAUUCCACCAGUUCGCAGUGCAAGUGGGCAAGAUCUGGUUGAUCAGGAUCCAGUUCGUACCUCGUUCAGUCUGCCAGUUCUUUUGGGCCGGUUUUCCCUGAAAAUUGAAUCGUGUAAAGUCCGCAGUACGAAAUGGCCAGCUGUCUCAAGCUGAUUCAAAGAAAAGGCCCGUUAGUUGUAGGCAUUCAGACAAGAUGCAUACACCAAACGCUCGUAGUCAACACUGCUGCAAUGAGCAAGUUCGAUGUAGCAGAGCUUCCUUAUAACAAACUGGAACAAAAACUGGAUGUUGUACGAAAAAGGUUGAAUCGACCUUUAACCCUAUCAGAAAAGGUUUUGUACUCUCAUCUCGAUGAUCCGAAAAAUCAGGAGAUUAAGAGAGGUGAAUCUUACUUGCGACUUAGGCCCGAUAGGGUGGCUAUGCAAGAUGCCACGGCCCAAAUGGCAAUGUUGCAGUUCAUUUCUUCUGGACUUCCUAAAGUUGCUGUACCUUCAACAAUCCAUUGUGAUCAUUUGAUUGAGGCGCAAGUGGGAGGAGAGGAGGACUUAAAAAGGGCCAAAGACCAAAAUGAGGAAGUUUAUACAUUCCUCAAGACUGCCGGUGCCAAAUAUGGAGUUGGCUUCUGGCAUCCUGGUUCAGGCAUCAUCCAUCAGAUACUCCUAGAAAAUUACUGUUUUCCUGGACUCCUCAUGAUUGGAACUGAUUCUCACACGCCCAAUGGCGGUGGGCUGGGUGGCCUUUGCAUUGGUGUUGGUGGUGCUGAUGCUGUGGAUGUAAUGGCUGACAUUCCUUGGGAACUGAAAUGUCCAAAAGUUAUUGGUGUAAAACUCACUGGUUGUUUGAAAGGAUGGACCUCGCCUAAAGAUGUUAUCCUUAAAGUGGCGGGUAUUCUCACCGUCAAAGGUGGCACUGGUGCUAUCAUUGAGUACCAUGGACCUGGAGUUGAUAAUAUUUCUUGUACAGGAAUGGGUACAAUUUGCAACAUGGGUGCUGAAAUUGGAGCAACUACUUCUCUUUUCCCAUUCAACGAUAGGAUGGUCAGCUACUUAGAAGCCACUGGGAGAAAAGAAAUUGCCGAUCAAGCUAAGAAACACACAAGCUUACUUACACCUGAUGAUGAUGCUCCUUAUGAUCAAUUAAUUGAACUUGAUCUUUCUACAUUGCAACCACAUGUAAAUGGUCCAUUCACUCCUGAUUUGGCCCAUCCCAUUUCAAAAUUAGGUGAAAAUGCUAAAAAAGCAGGCUGGCCUUUGGAUAUUAGAGUAGGUUUGAUUGGCUCAUGCACAAACUCAAGUUAUGAAGAUAUGGCUAGGUGUGCUUCUAUCGCCAAAGAAGCAUUGGCACAUGGCAUCAAAUCAAAAAUACCAUUCAACGUGACUCCUGGUUCAGAGCAAGUCAGGGCUACUAUUGAGAGGGAUGGCAUUGCACAAGUUUUUCGCGAUUUUGGUGGUACUGUACUUGCAAAUGCCUGUGGGCCGUGCAUAGGUCAAUGGGACAGGAAGGAUGUCAAGAAGGGUGAAAAGAAUACCAUUGUCAACUCUUACAACAGGAAUUUCACUGGUCGUAAUGAUGCCAAUCCGGCAACCCAUGCAUUUGUCACAUCUCCUGAACUUGUCACAGCACUUUCACUCAAAGGAACUUUGGACUUCGAUCCAAUGACUGAAACUCUGACAGGAAAAGAUGGCAAGGAAUUCAAACUGUCCGACCCGUUUGGACCAGAACUUCCUGCCAAAGGUUUCGACCCUGGUGUUGACACUUAUCAAGCACCUCCAUCCGAUGGCAGUACUGUCACUGUCAGUGUUGAUCCAAAAAGUAAUCGUCUUCAACUCCUUGAACCAUUUGACAAAUGGGAUGGGCAGGAUUUAGAAAAUAUGACUAUACUCAUUAAGGUAAAAGGAAAGUGUACAACUGAUCAUAUCUCUGCAGCUGGACCGUGGUUGAAAUACAGAGGCCAUCUUGACAACAUUUCCAACAAUCUUUUCCUUACAGCAACAAAUGCUGAGAAUGGAGAGAUGAAUAAGGUGAAGAACAGGCUGACAGGAGAGUGGGGUACUGUGCCAGAUGUUGCUCGCGCUUACAAGGCUAAAGGUGUCAAAUGGGUUGCUUUUGGUGAUGAGAAUUAUGGUGAGGGCAGCUCACGAGAACAUGCCGCUCUUGAGCCAAGACAUCUUGGCGGUAGGGCUAUCAUUGUGAAGUCGUUUGCGCGAAUCCACGAAACAAACUUGAAAAAGCAGGGUCUCCUUCCACUCACCUUCUCCAACCCUGCUGACUAUGACAAAGUUAAGCCUGAAGAUAAAGUCUCACUUGUUAACCUCAAUGAUCUUUCUCCUGGGAAGCAAGUGAAAUGUAUUCUUAAACAUGCGGAUGGUUCUACUGAUGAAUUGAUGCUUAAUCACUCACUAAAUGGACAGCAAAUUGAAUGGUUUCAAGCUGGUAGUGCCCUUAACAGGAUGAAGGAGCUUGCUAAUUCACAAACCAUGCCACACUUAUAUUUCUGCUGAAUCAAGAUUAAAGAUAAUGAAGAAGUGUCUUGAGAAGAGAAAGAAGAAUGGCAGGCGAUAAUUGUGUCAAGUUAACCAAACCUCAUGUGCUGACCAAAGUCACCUAAAUUGUGUUUUAUAAAAUCUGACCAAGUGACAGUUAAAUAAAGGACCACAUUUAAAAAGGGAUUUAAAAGAAAUGUUACUAAAGGUGAAGCUGUGUGUCACAGAAAACAGAGGAUGAAAAAUUUUGAUAAUACAGUAUUUUUAAAAUCAAAUAUAUCACUCUAAAAAUUAUUGAA